AUGUUUGCUUAUGUUGUUCAACAACAAAUUGUUCAUGAAAUGAGAUUAAAUGGGACAGCUUUUGAAGAGAUUUUUCAGGUUCGCAGCCUCUCUCAAGUGCUAAUUGAUCUGUUGCAAAAUUUAAAGUUAAGUGGUGCGAGCUGUGCUGAGCUGCGUGUGAUUGUUGGGAGAACAGAAAGUAAAAUAUGA